AUGCAGCCCAUAGUCGAGAUUCCCCGCCGCAAUAUCAUAAUCACUCUUCCCACUGAGGUCAUUCAACUCCUCUGUGGCAAGGACGAUGAGGCCGAAGAACGUGCCACGCUCGCCUGGACGUGCUCUGAGCUCCGGGCCAUUCUCCUCCCUAGGACCCCCCCCGCGGUCAUGGUUUAUGUCGCGAUCCGAUCACUCGACAUGGACAAUAUCCUCCUGGCUUACAGCAUGUUCGGUGCCCGGGGCCUCCGUGAGGGGCUAAGGUACUCGGGCCAUAAGGAUGACACUAUCUGGGUGGGGCCAGGGUGCUAUUACAUGCCGGGGUUCACAUGGUCACCCCAUCCGAAGAUGUACGCAAUCUUGGAGGUGAUCGAUCGUUACCACCUUUUCAUGCCCAUCCUCACCUUGUUUUAUCAACACCUCACGUACGGACAUGACAGCAUCCUUGCUGCCCUCAAGAUGACGAUCGAGGGGGAGUCCUGGGAGAUCGCCGAGACCCUUUUGGAAUAUGCCAACCAGGAGCAGCAGGAGGCAGCCGUGAUCGAGGCUUUGCGGUUCAAAAGGAUCGAUAUGGCGAUGAAUAUGCUUAGGUACAUGGAGCCUGAGCGUGCCACCAACCUUGCCUGGGAUAUUACCUCACGAGCUGUCAGAAACAUCGAUUUACAGAUGCUGAGAAAUAUCCUCGCGGCCGAUGGAGAGGUCUACGACAGGUUCCAGAUCGACCAGGACUUGGUCGACGGUUUCAAACCGCUGCUGUACCUCGCAGAGCUUAUCUGUGAUCUGCCUGGUUACUGUUAUGACUUCCUCAAGAUCUGGAAAGAGAUGAUCGCCUUCUCUGAUGUCCAGGAUGAAGAUGAUGGACAAUCGAAUGUUCUUCACAUCCUGGCCCAGCACGGGGCCCAUCAGUUCCACCGUAUGAAGCUUCUAGAUCGUCAUCCGGACGAGCCGUUAGUUGAGCCCGCUCAAUCGUCAGCCAUCAAUACCGAUAAGAAGACCACUACAUCCUCCGAUCAGGAUUUGAACGAGGCAUCCUCGACAUCCGCGAAGGACAAUCCGGGACUUCUUUCCUCGCAGACAACCCAGGACGAUUGGAAGGACGUGGAGGACCUGGCUGGUGAUGCGGAAAAUGCAGUUUCAGAAACCUCGGAGGCCUCGGAGGACGAACCCGGGCCAUCUAUCGACGAGACGUACAGGAGAAUGAUUCGCAGCGUCCUCGAAUGUCAGCAGGACGAGGACGGCAAUAUCUGUGGUGCCGACCUUAACCACCAGGAUGCCUUCGGCAGUACACCACUCCAUUUGGCAGUCGCCUGGUACGAGCCGAUCCUUGUCGAGAUCCUCUUGGAAAAGGGUGCCGACUGCUGCAUCGAGGACGAGGAUGGAAACUUCGCCUGGGACCUCCUGAAUUGGAAUCGGGAUAGGUCGUGCAUAGGUCUCGCACGUGCCUUGAUGGAGAAGGCGUUUGAGCAGCUUCAGACUCCCGUGAAGGCCGCGAAAGAGUGGUGCGACUCGGGGCCGUUCAUCACGGAACGAGAUGACCUGACGAUUGCAGAGAGUUUGGCUGCGUUUGCACUGGAACUGGAGAAAUUCGAGACUGCGACUGUCUAG